AUAUUCACUUACCCCCUCGGGAUCCCGAAUAAUCGCACUCCCCACGCCGCCUCCCACUUUCCCCCACUUCCAAGGACCCGAGUGCCGCAAUCCCCUUCUCCCUCCUCGCCGGAGAAGCUUUCUUCCUUCCGCAGACGGCCGGCGCUGCGAUGGCGUGAUAUGGAUCUUGUAACCGUGGACUGAGUUGAUUGGAUGAUUGCGUUUUCUCUCGUUGCCGCGGAGCAGCAGCAGCAGCAGAGGGGGGUGGCAUCAGGAUGAGCUUCAGCGUUGCGGGCAUGGAGAAGGAGCGCGGCGCGGCGGCGGCGGUGGAGGAGAUCCGGCGCCUACCGGCGGAGGUCAACUGGGAGAUGCUCGACAAGUCCCGCUUCUUCGUCCUCGGCGCCGCGCUCUUCUCCGGCGUCUCCGCCGCGCUCUACCCGGCCGUCGUCGUCAAGACGCACCUGCAGGUCGCGCCGCCCCCGCAGGCCGCCGCCGCCACCGUCAGGGCCAUCCUCGGCCGCGACGGCCUCCGGGGCUUCUACCGCGGCUUCGGCGCCUCGCUGGCCGGCACCGUCCCCGCGCGCGCGCUCUACAUGGCCGCGCUCGAGGCCACCAAGAGCUCCGUCGGGUCCGCGGCCGUCCGGUUCGGCGUCUCCGAGCCCGCGGCGUCGGCGGUCGCCUCGGCCGCGGCGGGGGUCUCGGCCGCCGUCGCCGCGCAGGUGGUGUGGACCCCGGUCGACGUCAUCAGCCAGCGGCUGAUGGUCCAGACCUCCGCCGCCUGCCGCUACGCCGGCGGCGCGGACGCGUUCCGGAAGAUCCUCGCGGCCGACGGCGUCCGCGGCCUGUACCGCGGCUUCGGCCUCUCCAUCAUCACCUACGCGCCGUCCAACGCGGUGUGGUGGGCGUCCUACGCCAUGGCGCAGCGCUUCGCGUGGCGCGUGGUGGGCGCGGACCGCUCCGAGAGCUACCCGGCCCUGAUGGCCGUGCAGGGCGCCAGCGCGGCCGUGGCCGGGGGCGCGGCGGCGCUGGUGACCAUGCCGCUGGACACGGUGAAGACGCGGCUGCAGGUGAUGGAGACGGACGCGGCGGUGGCGCGGCCGACGCUGGGGAGCACCAUGCGGGGCCUGCUCAAGGAGGGCGGGUGGGCAGCGUGCUACCGCGGGCUGGGGCCGAGGUGGGGCUCCAUGUCGCUCUCCGCCGCCACAAUGGUCACCACCUACGAGCUCCUCAAGCGGCUGUCGGCCAAGGAGGGCUCCCUGGGCUAGAUCGACCCUUCUCACCACUACUACUACUACCAGUAGCGCCGUCGUUCACCAGGUGACUCGGACCAAACUGGCCCCGAAGCGAGAUCGAUCCGUGAAGGUGCUGCCCGGCCGGCCUCAAUUAGUUAGGUUUCUUGUACAUAUGCUCAAGAUCUUUUGCUUCAUUUCUCGUUUGGGUUCGUCGAUCUGGUGCUAUAGAGGGAUGGAUGGCGAAGAACAAGCACUAGAAGGUGGGUGGGGUUUUAGGAUGCCAGGUUUUGCUGGUUAUGCCCAUGGUGGCGGCGCCGCCGCCGCCGCCGAUGAUGAUGAUGAAAAAUUAGCUGAUUUUCAGUAACUUCUUAUAAACCACUGCUACUACUUCAUCAGUUUCUUUGUCA